CGGAAAUUCCUUUGGCCUCGGGAUAUUCGAGAGCGAAGAGACCGUGAUUUCGAUCCUGCUGCCCUGAAAUCGGCCUUUCAAUUAAUCGCACGGUCAAAGAUGCUUUGGAUCCUCGUGGAGUAUUUCGUUCAAGAUCUGCAGAAGCAAUUCCAUCUCGUUUCCGAGGAAAUUGAAACGUUUCUGAAAGAAUAUGAAACUACCGAUGACACCGAGGUAAUCAAGAGACUAAUACUUCGGCUUGCCGAAUGGUACAACGCCUGGGCACCUGUUCCCGAGCUCGGUUCUCUUCUUCACACAACAUUCAAUUCUGAGUUUCAAACGCAUCUCUUCUCUUCCCUCCCACCAUCAUUCCCUGGCACGUUCAAGCGACUCUGCGAAUCGACUGUCGGAGCUCAGCAAGAUACUAAACUCUGGACUGCGUUUGAAACACUGGGGCUUCUUGACCGUUAUGAGAACCUUAUCGCUAGCGUGUGCUACGAACGGAUUGAAGCACAUGUGCAGGAGAUAUGUUCUGGGAACUGGAGUGAACAGAUGCUUCACUCAUUGCGGAGCUGGAUGGCAGACCAGAUAGUUCCGUGGAUGAUCUUGCCGUAUGCACGUGGAGCGAAAACUCAUGAAGACACAAAGAACAUGCUUGCUGGAAUAGGCACUCGAUUUGAUUAUCAUGUCUGCAAAUCCCUCUGUGAAUUACGAACAUCGGAGAUAUUCGAUAUCAUUGUUGACUAUCCAGAGUCAACUCCCGCCCUCGUUGACCUUCGGGACUGCCUUCAACGGGUCGAUAUGCGUGGAGAGCUGGUCUCAACUCUGCGUCGAUUGAACCGCAAGCGUCUUCUCCAUCCAGGGGCUGACACAAAAGAUAUCUUGACUCAAUACGUCUCUAUGAUUCGUUGCCUGCGUGUAAUUGAUCCACCGGGUGUGCUUUUACACAAGGUAGCUGAUCCGGUACGAAGAUACCUCAGAGAGCGCCCAGACACCAUUCGGAGUAUUGUAGCAAGCCUUGUCGGAGAAGGUGGCGACCUUGUUGAUGAGAAUGAGCCACCGCAACCAUUACAAAUGCAAGUCGAGGACUACUCGGAUGCGAGCUGGGAACCCGAUCCGAUUGAUGCUGGGCCUGAGUUUCGCACAAACAAGCCUAGUGAUGUUAUCAGCACGCUUGUCAGCAUCUAUGACUCCAAGGACCUCUUCGUUAAGGAGCUUCAGGUUUUACUUGCGCAGCGACUCCUCGCCAUUACCGAUGGGAAGUUCGAAAGAGAGCGACGGAAUAUUGAAAUCCUGAAAGUACGAUUCGGUGAAGCACCUCUUCAGGUAUGCGAGGUUAUGUUACGAGACAUGACGGAGUCGAGGCGUAUCGAUCAGCAUGUACAAGCUCAAAAGCCAUCAACUCUACACCCAACAAUUAUUUCCAAACACUUCUGGCCUGCUCUGCAAGUCAGCAAAAUGAAAAUGCCUGGUCAAUUUAAAGAGGUGAUGGAGGAGUAUUCAAAGGAAUUUGCGUUAUUCAAGCAGGACAAACGGCUUCGGUUCCUUCCACAGCUCGGCACCGUAGAUUUGUCAAUCGAGCUGAGUGAUCGCACAGUCGAUGUAACUGUUCCACCAUUAGAGGCUGCCGUCAUUGAGUUGUUCUCCGGCAAAGAUACAUGGUCCGUGGACGAACUUAGCAACGAAUUACAUGUAGAAUCGGCUGCGGUCCGGAAAGGACUUGACACUUGGGUCGAUCAUGGCGUCUUGAGUGAGACCGACACAAACGUCUUCGUUCUGUUGGAAGAAGCGGGAAGUAUACCCUUGGGGUCUAAUCGUGGUGGUUCACGUCAUGGCGUCAUUGAGGAGCAAGAGCCGGUUGUGUCACCAGCGCAGCAACAAGAGGCGGAGCAAAUGCGAGUAUAUUGGAAGUUUAUCGAGGGAAUGCUGACGAAUAUCGGAGCUUUACCACUCGACCGGAUCCAAACGAUGUUGAAGUUCGCGCCGAACUAUUCACGGACGAUCGAGCAGCUGAGUGUGUUUAUGGAAGCUGCGCGCAGGGAAGGGCUUGUGACUGUGAAUAACGGUCUGUGGAAACUCAAUAGAUAG